AUGCAUCUGCCCGAAGCAGGCACAAUCAAAUUGCCCGGGAGGGCGAGAGACAGCAUCUACGGGCCCGUUGGGGCUGCACGGAAUGCUGCACAAAUUCAAGGUCGGAAGCCAGCGAUCGAGAUCAGCCGGCUCAGUUGUCGAGACGAGGAAAAAGGGAAGGAUCAAAGAAAUCUCGGCGAAGCCGCGCCGUCCGCUCAAAUGGGAAUUCGCGGCCGCUGGCAGCACGCCGGGCUCGCACAUGCUGAAGGCAUUGGAUAG